UCUGGCAGGACAGCGGGCACCGAGCCAUCUGGCAGGACAGCGGGCACCGAGCCAUCUGGCAGGACAGCGGGCACCGAGCCAUCUGGCAGAACUGCGGGCACCGGGUCGCGAAGCUCGACAGCGGGCACCGAGUCAUCUGGCAUGACAGCGGGCACCGAGUCAUCUGGCAUAACAGCGGGCACCGAGGCACCAGGCCAGACCACGGGCACCGAGGCACCAGGCCGGACCACGGGCACCGGGUCAUCAGGCUGGAUUGGGCAUCCGGGCAUCAGGCUGAACAGUGGGCACCGAGGCACCAGGCUGGAUAAC